AAAUGGAAAACCAGUGUCUUGCUUCUUAAUUUUUCAUUGCAAGAACUCUUCAUCUAUAUAGGACGAUAGCAGAGACGCCUUCCAUAUUCCACUGGUGAUCAACCGCCUGCCACCGGAAAAUCAAAUCGGAAAACUCUUUCCGGUGACCUAGCAUCUCCGAGUGAUUAAGUUUGAAUUAAGUCUGCAUUUCAGUAGCUAAAAUGGCGGAUGAAGCAAGCAGAACAGCAUUUAUUGAGAUUCAAGGACGUAUGAUUGAGACUACUUCUAAAUUGAAGCAGGUGCAAAACCAAAUCCGAUCUAAAGAAACAGAAAAGAAGCGUGCUUACUUAACCUUGGAGGAGUUGCGACAAGUGCCUGAUGACACAAAUACAUACAAAUCCAUUGGAAGAACGUUUGUACUGGAGCCAAAAUCAGUCUUGAUUGAUGAACAAGAACAGAAGUUCAAGGAUAGUGAGACUGCAAUUGCUUCUUUACAGACUUCUAAAGAGUACCUGGAGAAACAGAUGGGGGAAGUGGAAAACAACCUAAAGGAGCUGCUUCAACAAGAUCCUGGUCUCGCCAGCCAAAUCAUGUCUCUUUCAGUAAUGUAAAUCUCCCUUUAGAGAAUUAUCUUUUAAUCCUGUUUUUCUUUUCUAGAGGUUUUUGGUUUUGUUUUGAAUUGCCUGUAUGGGUUCCAUGAUAAUAGAAGAUCAUAUCAAUUUUCCUCAUUCAUCUA